AUGUCGAAUACUACUUAUCAUCAGGGGGUAUCUAUACCCAAUGGAGAAACAAGUUCACCCAAUAAGAAAAGUUAUGAUGUACGACAUUAUUAUAGAGCGUUAAUUAAUGAAGAAUUUAGAGGUUUACAAUUAGAUAGUCAACUUAAAAAGAAAUCAUUAUUUGAUCUUAUAGAUUAUUGUGAAAUGCUUUAUGAAUCAGCAUCUUCUGCUUUAUCAUCAAUUAAUACUGAUCCAUCAUCAUUAAUUCCAUCUUCAAAGGAUAUAAUUGGAGUUCGAGAUUAUAUUAAGGGAUUCCUUAUAUUUAAUUAUUUUAUAAAUAGUUUUAUUAUGUUACAUUUUAAAGGGUUUGAUACAUUUAUUAAAUCAAAUGAACAAGAUUUCAUUAUUUAUUUAAAUGUAUUUGCAUUUUAUAAUACUGAAGAAUUAAUAAUUAAUGGUCCAUUAACUAUAACUUUAGGAAAUUUAAGAUUAUUAAUUAAACAAUAUUUAGUUGAUAAAAAUCUUUUAAGUUUUAAUGUUGAUGAAUUAUAUAAUUGGUUAUAUGAGUAUAUUGAAUAUUUAAAGGAAAAGGAUAAGAUUGCUAGUGAAGAACCAGAAUCAGAAGAUGAAUCAUCACUUAACGAUCAUCAUCAUGAUCAUGAUGAUCAUGAUCAUAAGCAUAUUCAAAAUGGUAUUAAUCAAGUAAAUGAAUCAGAUUCACUUCUUGAAUUUAAAAAUAGAUUUCCUUCUAUGAGUAAGAUGAAAUCUAAUAGUAGUUUACCGCUGGAAUUAGCUCCUCCAAUAAAGGAAGAAUCAUCAUUUACUCCUCUGCCAACAACUCGUCAUGCAGUAACUGUUCCUGCUUUAUCACCACCUCCAAUUCCUACAGAAUUACCUCCUGGAUUACCCUUAAUAAAUGAUAAUAAUAAUCAUAAUCAUAAUCCAUUUCCAUCGGUUAAUAAAUCUUAUACAGUACCCACUUUUAAAUCUAAUAUAGAUACAAUUCAUAAAUCAUUACCAGAAGUUCCUUAUCCUGUUAAUUCCAAUUUAUCUACGGAAGAAUUAUAUUUUCUGGAUAGUAAUUUAAAUAACAAUAGAAAUUCCAAUGGUUAUUCACGACCUCCAACUGCUACACCUAAAAGUGGAUCAUUAGCAAUUGCCAAACCAACUCAUGUGAAUGUUCAUUCCAAUGGUUAUAGUAGUAAUAAUUAUAGUAGUCAUAAUAAUAUUAAUACUCAUAAUAAUAAUCAUAAUAGUCAUUAUCAUGCUCCACCGCAAGCUCCUCCACCAUUUAUACCUCCUAUUCAACAACCUUUAUUAUAUGGCAAUGCCAAUAUGAUUCCUAAUUAUAUGCAUUAUGAUCAACAUCAACACCAACCUCAACAUAUCCCUGGUUAUACAUCUACUAUAAUUCCAGAACAUGUAAAAAUUCAACAGAAUCAAAUUAAAUCUCAAAAAUUACAUUUACUGAAAGAAUUUGCCGUAUGUGGAUUAAGAAAUUUUGGAUCUUCAUGUUAUAUAAAUCUGACAAUUCAAGUUAUGUUUGGUAUUCAAAAAUUUAAACAAUUAUUUACAGGAGGAGAAUAUCAAAAAUUUAUUAGAGAUAGUAAAUAUUUACAAUUAAUUAAAAUGUCUAAGGCUAAUCCUCAUAGUAAAGAUGGAGUAUUAUUAUCAGAAGCUGUAAGUGGAUUAUUAAGAACUUUUAAUCAAAAUGGUAGUAAUUCAAUUGCUCCAACUAAAUUUAUUAGAGUAUCAUCAUUAUUAAAACCAGAUUUAAAUAUUCCUUAUGAACAACAAGAUGCUCAAGAAUUUUUAUUAUUUGUAUUGGAUAGAUUACAUGAUGAAUUAGCUGAUAAGAAUACAUUUGAAAAUCCUUUAGAAAUUGAAAAUUAUAUGAAUAAAUGGAAUAUUAAUAUUAAAUUUAAUGAUAAAGGAGAAUAUGUUAAAUGGUAUAAAGAAGUUUUAAAACAUGAAGGUACAUCACCAAUUCAUGAUUUAUUUCAAGGUCAUUUACAAAAUAAAUUAAUUUGUAAUAAAUGUGGAUUUGAAUCAAUUAGUUAUUCUCAAUUUACUAUAUUAUCAUUACCAAUUCCUAGUAAUAAUAAUGGACAUGUUGUUAAUUUAUCUGAUUGUUUAAAAUAUUAUACUCAAGAAGAAGUUUUAAGUGGUGAUAAUGCUUGGAAUUGUCCUAAAUGUAGUAAGAAUAAUGAUGAUGAACAACAACAACAACAACAACAACAACAGCACUUAAGUGUAUUGGAUAAUCAUCCUGUAUUUACUAAUAAGAAAAGUGGAAUCUUUAAAUUAACUAAAAGAAGUAAAUCACCAUCUUCAACUACUACUACUAAAUCAUCUAAUACUAGUACUCAUUCAUUAUCUAGUUCAAUUAAAAUGUUAAAUUUUAUUAAAUUACCUCAAAUCUUAUUGAUUCACUUAUCAAGAUUCUCCAUGUAUAAUCUUACUGAUAAAUUAGAAACUUCAAUUCAAUAUCCUUUAUUAUUAAAAUUUAAUAAUAAUGAUCAUGAAAUAGUUUAUAAAUUAUCAGGAUUAAUUAAUCAUAAGGGGAAUUUAAAAAGUGGUCAUUAUACGUCAUUAGUUAAUAAAUCAACCACCAAUCAAAGUUAUUCAUGUAAUUUGGAUAAUUUGAAACAUCCUUAUUGGUGUUUCUUUGAUGAUGAUCAUGUUAGAUAUAAUCUUCAACAUGGUAAUAUUAACCAACCCAAUUAUGAUCAAUUGAAAUCCAAAGACGUCUAUGUCUUAUGUUACGAACGUAUUUAG